AUAGCACACGGAGAAAAAGUGUACGCGCAGCACGCAAAAUUAUAAAAAAGAAAAUGCAAAAUAAUAGAAUAAUCUUCGAAAGCGAAAAACAGACGGAAUAUUAAUAUUUCGGUUAAAUAAAUAAAUAGAGGUAGGCGAAGAAAAGUAGCAAGGAUGUGAAAACUAAGAAAUUUUAACGGAAACGGACAGUUACGUAUAUAAUUGUGUAUGAAAAUUAGGCCGCUGUGUGUGAUACAUGCAUAUGCACAUAUAAAAUCGCCAUGAAUUAAUCACCUAUCACGAUAACAACAAACACAGAAUCAAGCAACAAGAAGGCGAAGCAGCAGAAACAGCAUAGCAGCAGGAACGGUAACGGUAAAGGGCAAAACCAACACCCAAACAAUAGCAGCAACACGGGCAGAGAAGUAGGGAAACCGCAAACGAUAAGCGAAUUACACAUUGGUAUUAGCGCAAUUUGCAUAUAUUUCUACUCGGCCAACCCCCACCCGCCCCACUCCACUUGUUUUUUUCCUCCAUGUGCAAUGCAACCUGCCGCUGGUUGGGUGCUCAGUGGUGUAGCAGGCAGAAAUAGUAAGCAACCGCAUACUCAGCAUAGAGACCAGCAGUAACUACUCAAACCACACGACAAUCCCUGAUUACGGUUACGAAGUGGCGCCGUUACAAAGUACUACCAACUGUACCAUAAAAAAAAAUCCUAUAAAAGUGCUAUCAGGAGGCAACGUGUGCCACAACGGAUGCACUAAAGCGACAGGGUAGGGUUAGAGCAAUGCCAAAGCCGUUGCCUGUAUGCGACGCUAACUAAUGACAGCAGCGCCCGACACUCCAACACCGUCUGAUACACGAACCGGGCAUACCACCAUUGCAUUCAUUUGUGGUGCAAGCGCGUUGACCACCACUUGUCGCGCAACCAAAACAAAAUAACAACGGAAAGCAUUGAGUUCAGUGCAAGUCGUGUGUGUUUGUGUGUGUUAAUAACACUCAACUGACAUACGAAUAUACACAUAAGUAGUGACAGCUAGGCUGACGUAGUGCACAUCGAGCAGAUACAGGUGUUCCCAUUAACGCUUUGCAACCUUUGGGUAAUAUUAGUUUAAUCGGCCAUCUAAUGUAAUACUAGCAUACAUCUAUUGUUAUACACACACACAUUCACAUUCUAUGCAAAACAACAAUACGUAUGACCUAUUAAUGCAAAAAACAAAACAAAAAAAAAAACCAGCCUAUUAACCCAUGCAUCUGUGUACGCUGUAAAUUAGAAACUACAUAUAGCAUAAAUUGAUGACUAAAACAGAAAGUUAUAGGCAACAACAACAAUAAUAGUAGCUAAAUAUUAAAUCCUUAGAAAACAAAGUCUAACGCAAAAACACACAAGCAACAGAGCCAAAACUCACUACACAUCAACCCACUAGCUAAUACAGCAGCCGCCAGCAGCUAGCCGCCAACUCAACCGUCGACGUCGCCGGCGAGCAAUACAAUCACAGCGCCAACAACAAGAGGGGCGGACAUCAACUAGGUAGCUAGGCAAGUCGAUAGAACUCGACAGCCUAUCAAACUUAGCUAGCAAACAACCGACGGGCUGAGGGAACGACACAAUCAUUCAGCUCCAAACCCGGUGACGUACUCUUAUGAAAAUGAAUGCCAGUCUCAUUUACGAAAUCCUCAUGUAUUUGAAUUCAUUUUACUUUGGUAUGUACGCCACAUUUGAGAUUGGUGUCGGUGUCCUCAAGGCAAUCGGAUUGAAUUAUACUUCGAAUGAGUUGACGCGUGAGGGGUGCAUACUACUCGCAUUGUGCAUCGUCGAAACAAUACGAAUUGUUUUAGGUCGGAAGAGCAGUUUAAGCGAUCGUGGUUGGCAAGCAACAGCAUCCGUAAUAUUAACACUGCCCAGUCUUGCUCUUGUUAUCUACUUAUGUUGUUUUCAAACCUACGUUCUCAAACUCGAAAUUAUUCUGAGUGCCUUAAUGAUAGCCCUCCAAGGUGCUGAACUAGUGUAUGCCGGUGUCUUCAUUUGCACCAUGUUUGGUGACGUUACGUAUACCUAGCAGUCGAUAAGAAUUUAUGUAAAACUGAUACAGUUCAAUUUGAAUGAAUUUCACGUCUGAUGUUACUCAAUGAACUCAUAACGAUGUUGAUGCCAAAGGUGCCAAUGAUCUUAAUCUCGCUACCGAUGACACUGAAACGGAAGUCAACACGAAAACGCAAACGAAGACGUACUCGUACUCGUACACCAAAACCGAUAACGAUAACGAUAAUGAUAAGGAAUGUGAAAUUUAAGGCAACUAUUAGAGGAAAAUCCACACGAAAUCUAGCAAGAUGACAUUGAUUCUAAUAGAAACAACAAAUAUAGUAAUGAACGUGUUAAUGAUUUCUUUUAUACAAAUACAACUAUGUAGUCCAAAAUAUUAUAACAGAAGGAGAAAUGAGCGAAGCCGACGUACCAACCGAACCGUAGGACAGCGUUUCAAGAUGAAAAAGGGGAACGGAGGAUGACAAACCGAUGACGGCAAUACAUAGUACUUAUAGCGGUAGAUGCAUAUACUUAUAUAUAUGUACAUAUAUGAGUAGAACGCAAAUAGCCACCCAAAACCUAUCCAAUGUGCGAAGGACAAAAUUUAGCAUAAUUUUUUAAACUUUUAAUUGGUGAAUUCUAAGCGAAAAAAAAGAAAAUAAUAAUAAUAAUAAAAAUAUGUUGGCACAGUAGAUAGCUGUAAUACAAAGGACGAGAUAAUGAAGAAUGUGCAGAAUAUUAUUGUACAUACAUACAAACAUCCGUCUGUGCUUCAAAGCAGAAACAUUUCUAGAUUUAAAUUCUCCAACCAGGUUGGCCAGUUAUUUUAUCGGUUUUUCUAACAGUUCCAUGCUUUUUCGGUGUCUCCUACAUACUCCUCCUACAAGAAUAUAAACUACGGC